AUGUUAUGGGAUAGAAGCCAAAAGGAGGUUAAGAUCAUCGUAAAUAGGGAUGUCACAUUUAACGAGAGUGACAUGCCUCGUCAUAAAGGAAAAAUCGAACCUGCGAGAGAAACUAAACUAGAUGAAGAGAAAGAUCAGUUUAAGGUGAAGUUAGGAAAACUUAGUACGCCUACCCCUACUACUCCAAAUGAGGUGGAGAUUCAAGUUCAGGAACCUAUGGUGGAGAAUAGUAACGAAGUAGUAAUAGAAGAGCAUCCUAAGAAAGAAAAUCCUUUAGCUAAUUACAAUUUAGUUAGGAUAGAGAGAGGAGAUAGACGAGAGACCCUAGGAGGUCUUGAACAUUGGAAAGCAUUAAGGUGGCUAUUAAGGUACUUGAAGGGUACAAUUGAUAUAGGUCUAAAGUUUAGUGCUAAUAAGGAAGGUGUGAAAUUGAACGGCUUUGUAGAUGCUAAUUAUGUGGGAGAUAGGGAUGGUAGGAAAUCGACUUCCUCCUAUGUGUUUACCUUAUCUAAUUCAUGUCCUACUCUACUGCCUUCUGCCGUCUUUCUUUGUGUUGAUUAUCUUAGUGAUAUUCCUCUUCCUUUGUGGUGGUCUCUAAGAGGCAAAAGGUCUAGCAACCAUAUGUGGAACCUUUGUGGUGUUCUUGGGUCGUUUGAUUUUGGUAUUGAUUUGGGUUUCGGUAACUGA